GUGAAUACAAAUCUGUAAGACUGUUCAAUUCAAAAGCAUGAUUUGAUACAGAGUGUGAAAUGUUCAAACAUUUUCAAAUCACUCAUUUGCAAAUCGUCUGCUCUCGUAUAACUUACCCAUAUCAAUGUUGAAUAAUGUGAGACGUGCGCUAUUCUGCUGUUGCAUCACUUUAGCUGUUCAAAAUUCCAUUAGCGCGUGGGAUUUUUGGCCAUUCAAAAGAAACGCAAUAGCAGCACCAAGCGUUAAAAUCGCUCCAGUGUCAGAUGGAAAUUUUAUCUAUUUCCAAUAUGGAGGAAACUCAACCAUUCAACCGUACAUUAACUCAAUUAAUAAGUUCCUGAAUGCCUAUGAUGAAACAAAUCAAGCAGGAGACGUUCGUUUAUGCGAAUUUAAUAAUCCACAUGACGAAGGUGCCGUUUGUGUUUUCGAUAAAGUUAACCUACACGUUUGUUCACAACAGGAUGACUUCGGCUAUUACGAAGGUUCUCCGUGCGUUUACUUUACACUAAGCCAGGUCCUAGAUUGGAUACCAUAUCCAUUAAACGGAAGCGAUAUACAAAAACCACCGUCUGAUGCAUUUUCCAAGAUGCCGAAACAUCUCGUUGAUUCGAUUGUUAAUAACGAAAUUCAGAAGCCGUUGGAGAAAUAUAUUUGGUUGACAUGUGAUGGUGAUACUGCAGCCGAUAAAGAAUUCGUCGGACCGAUUUCUUACUAUCCGCGAAAUGGAUUUCCUACCUACUAUUUCCCUUUCAAAAAUACAGAAGGCUAUCAGUCACCCAUUGUUGCAGUUCACUUUGAACGACCAACCAGAGCUUUUGCUAUCACCGUCGUAUGCAAAGCAUGGGCGAAAAAUAUUGUAUUGGAUGAAGACAAUGGACUGGGAUUUGUUAAAUUUGUUUUACUUAUUGAUUAAACAAUUCGAUUCAGUUGAUAUUCAACUGAGUUGCUCAAAAAAAA